UGUAAGACAGAGCCAAAGUCUCAUCAAGACUAAUAUUGAGAGUGGCAAGAUGGACAUGACAAACCAGGGCCUGAGGACAUCCAUCCUCCGGAAUGUCCCCGUGGUGCUCCUCAUCUUCCUGAUGGCAUGCUCCCAAGUUGGCACUGUUAAAUCUAUCGGCAUCUACCUUGAAGACAUCUCAUACAGUCUGGAAACCACCUCAAAAGACAUCGGAGUUGCGCUUGGUCUUUUUGCCGGCUUCAGUUACUUCCCAGCUCCGCUGAUUGUCGCCCUCUAUCGUUUACAAUGGACUCGACGUCCUCUCUUGAUUGGAGGAUCCAUUUUCACAUCUCUUGGGGUCAUGCUAACAGCUUUGGCUACUAACAAUGCUUUGAUUGCCGUUUAUUUAUCAAUUUCUGGCCUGGGACAUUGCAUGGUCUGUAUAUCGGCGACAAUCGCCUUAAGUCAAUUGUCAAGCGAGCAGAACUUCAACCUGUUGUACGGAUUUGGCACGAGCGGGUUCGGCUUGGGUAUGGUUCUUUUACCACUCCUAGCUGAGCUCUUGGGUGAAGUUUACGGUUGGAGAGGUGGCAUACUUAUUCUAGGUUGCCUGAUGGCCCACCUAGUUCCUUGUGCCGUUGCCAUAAAACUACCCUUGACCGAAAGUCGACCGGUGGACCAAAGCGCGAUUAAACAAGAACUUGAGCAUAAUGGACUUUCUGAGGAAAGUUUAUCAAACAACUGUUUAAGCGAGGAAGAAGAAAUCACUCCAUUACGCCCUAGAGGUGCAGACCACAGUCGGGCAGCUGUUUGUGAACCUUCAACAUCCUCUUCAUUAGUCAACGGAGUUGAAAUGGAAUCUCGUGAAAAUGAAACAAAUGCAAGGCAAAAACUUGUGCGAAUGCUCGAUAGUUUUAACCGGUCUGAUUUUUACAGAGACCCUGUUAUUAAUUUAAUAUUUCUUACUUGCGUCAUUUACGGAAUCGUCUACUGCGGAUGGCAUUCUUUUCUUGUACCCCAUGCAAUCCAGAGAGGUUAUUCUAUCCGUGCUACGAUACUGAUGACUUUCUGCGCAUCAGUAGGAAACUUCCUAGGAAGACUCUUGGCAGGCGCCCUCUCCGGUCGCUUCGCUGAUCCAAUCACCCUGUGCCUCGGUGCUGCGCUUUUGAAUUCCGUUUCUAUUUUGUGUGAUGCUUUCCUUCGCAACUACUAUGUGAUGAUAUUAACUGCGUGCACAUCUGCUAUAAGUAUUGCUGGAAUAUCUGUCCUUUUGCCUCUAUCAGUGAAGAAGAGAGCGUCUCCUGGAAGCUUUGAUAUUGCAUACGCAGUCAACGAUCUAUGUUUCGGCCUUGGUACCUUUCUCGGUGGCUACCUAUCAGGUGUUCUUGGCGGAGUCUUCUCGUACGAUGCGACGUUCAAGUUUCUUGCUGGUGCACAAAUCUUUGUCUUUGUUCUAAUGCUUCCAGUUGCUGUGUUUAAGAAACCAACCGAACUUUGAGUUAAGGAUACCAGGCAUAAAUUGCCACGCCAAUAAUGAAUCGCCAAUGAAUACUUUAAUUUUAACAAUUAGUUUUCGGGUGGUUUUUCACAAAGUUUAAACUCAAACACUAUGUUUUUAUUUUAUGCGUUACUGCUUCUUUUUUAUCAAUUGGUUUGACUUUAUAUAAAUACAUGCACUUUUCUUUUUUUGUUCAUAGCGUGACUCUUGCUCAAAAUGUUUCUUGGUUGCAUUAUUCACCAACAUAGAGAAAACUCCCAGUGUUUGACGCCCCCCAAAUUUAAUUGGGGCAUUCUUUCUAUGUGGUUAAACCCUACCAGUUAGACUGACCGGUAACAUGCAAUUAAACAUUUACCUUAAGUAAAUUACCAGGGGUGUUUUAUAUAGCUGAUCGUAAGUUAAGAGCGACCCUAAAAACGUCUGGUGAACCUUCCUUACGCGCUUAAGGGGUGGUCCAGG